CAUAGUAAUACAGUCUCUUGUCAAGGUAAUAUAGGUCGCCGACCAGUCAACUAGGUCAGUCCACUUUUUGAACUCGAGUGGAUCUGACCUCAAUUGCGGACACGCUAGAACGUCAUCCGGCUGGGCCGUUCGGGGUAUAAAUAUUGACUUCAAUCUCUGCGACUUAUUACUGCAAAGUCCAGUUCUGUGUGGAUCCUGAAAUCAUUCCUCAUUCUCACUUUAUACCCCCAACACAGCCGUCAACAUGUCUCUCGAAGUCUACCACCUGCAACUCUCCCAGUCAGAGCGAAUCGUCUGGCUGCUUGAAGAGAUGCAGGUCCCCUAUGAUCUCAAAGUCUUUAAGAGGGAUCCCACGACGGGCCUCGCACCCAAGGAGCUCAAAGAGAUUAACCCCAUGGGCACGGCUCCCUACAUCCGGGACACCACGACCUCCCCUCCAGCGUGCAUCUCUGAGUCCUCGGCAAUUAUGGCCUAUAUCCUUGAAGUGUACGGUUCCAGGGCCUCGGGGUCGCGCAUGCUCCGCACCCCGGACGACCCGAGCUAUGCCCAGUACUUGCAGUGGUUCCACUAUGCAAACGGAUCUCUCCAGCCUGCUAUAUCGCGCCAAAUGAUUUUCAACCUCUCGGGCGUCGAGCAGACAGACAAAGUCAAGUUUUGGCGAGGACAGCUAGAGGCCCAGCUCAAAUUCAUCGACGACCACCUGGCCCAGAACAAGUGGUUUGCGGGCAACGCAGCCAGCGCCGCCGACUGCAUGAUCAUGUUCACACUGUCGACCAUGAGAGGGUUCAUGCCCUUGGAUUUGGGGCCGCAUAAGAAUAUUCUGCGGUGGAUGGCAGAUGUGGCGGAAAGGCCGGCAUAUAAGAGAGCCAUGGAAAAGGGUGAUGAUGGGAUGGAGCCUAUGAUCAAGGCCAAGGAGAGGAGGUUUACGCAAUUCCCGUCUUUUAGAGAGGCGAUUGCGGGUGCCGAGGAUUGAUGCUGGAGAUUAAGGGACAAGAGGAGUGGUCAUUGGGAGCAGUGGGUAGUCUCAACUCAGUGAUUUUAAUGAGUCACGCUUUCUAAGUUGCUUGGAUUUGUAAAUUCGAUCAAUUUUGAUGCAAAGUGCAGAGUGUAGAGUGUUCUGUUAUACCGAGUUGGUUAACGUACUAGUUUUGACUCGGCAUCACCCAGGUAAACCCUAUUCCAUUCUUAUGCAUAAUCUUAUACGAUAGAG